AUGGAUGAUGCAGGGCGUGCUGCGGAAGCGCUGGCUCGCAUUAGGGAUGGUAAGCCUCCCUUGGCUCGGGAGCUGCCCACGGCCGAGACAUGGCGGUCGGUGCGUGGCUCGACUGCAAUUUCGAAGGACCGUUCACGAAUCAUGAUCUUGAUAUUGCAGAGCAUCUUGAGAUCAUUAGGAGCUGGCAAGAUCUCGUGGACAUACGAGAUGGUUUUGAUUGCGACCCUGACCUACGAGCGGCUCCCGAUCGAGAUGCUGACGAUGAUCCAGAACCCUGCGUGGCAGGGAGCGAAGCUGAUCACUUUGAAGAGUGAAUUGGCCAGGCCGACGGCCAUGGAGAUAUCCCUCCACUACAAAUGGAUCAAGCCGUGGUGCACCGUGCUCCCAACCAAGGUCCCGUCAGGGUACUUUAUAACAGACGUGAUGCUGUUCCUGAACGGCCUUUUGGAUUCAAAAUUGCUACGAGUCAAAGAAUCGGAAUCCGUCCGCGGCCGAGCUGCAGAAGACGCGGUUCGUCUGCGGAAGCUCAUCUCGAGCCUACGGCACGAGCAGCAGAUUCGAGAGGAUUCACGACUUGAAGCAAGACCUCCGGCGCAAGGUGAAAAGAAGGAAAAGAAGAAGGGCGCCGACGAGCCGCUGCCGAUCGCCGACGGUGAGGCGGCGGCGAUUGACAACGGCCCCGGAGACGGGGAGGCCGAGCUCGAGCUCUCGCAAGCAUCAACCCGGGAAUUGGGAGAUCAUCUGAAUGAUGAAAAUGAUGAGGACUUCGAUGAAACCAGCUCCCUCAACCUCCUGAGCGACGAGAGCUCAUCCGAGGAGGACCCGGACGACCCCUUGGAUUUAAAGCUGGAGGAGCUGCAGGCCGGCAUGCACUCUCCGUGGAGGUAUGAGGCUUUAGCUGCCCUUCGACAAGCCGAAUACGAGCGUGACAUGAUUCAGAUGCAAAUGGCGGCCUCACAAGAUGGAGACCCACCCGACAUGGUGGACCCGAGCCAAGCGGUCACGGAGAGCUACCUCGGCUGCGGGGAUGUGCCUGAGCCGCCGAGCUCGCCGGGCGAGAGCGAGGCGGCCGAUGAUGCUUGCGAGGAUGACGGGGGCCUGUGGUUGUGUCGUCCCCAAGCAAAAGUUGAUCUAGAUGAACCUAUCUUCGGCAUUUGGCCGAUGGUCAUCGAUGAGACCCGAAAGGACAGCGACAUCGAGCCGAAGACAUCAUCCGAGCAGGAUGAUGCAACCGACCUCGAAAAGGCGGAGCGGAUCGCAGAUGAGCUCGAAGUGGGCAAGGAGGCCGACAAUGGGCCCAAGAAGAGGAAGAAGGACAGUGCCAUGCAAAUGAGAUUUCAUGCACGAUUUCGAAAUGACUUUGUGGUUUUGCAGGGCCUCCGGCGGAACAAGAAGAAGAAUCGGGAUGCGAUGGACUCGGAUCAGCAAAGCGCGGCCAACAAGGGGCCCAAGAAGAAGAAGAAGGGCGGGCAGGAUGCCAUGGACUCGGAUCCAGUCAGCAGCGACUCAUGCCCGAGCAUACUUCGUGAGCGAGCCACACAGCUGGAUGAUGAUAUCGAGGAGCCCAUGGCUGCUCCCUUUAUGAGCUCUGACGAGGAGAAGAAUGCUGAUGAGACAUGGCUGAGUGAGUUUAUCCGGAGUCCAUGGGGCAGUGCCGAUGAGGAUGAUGCUUUCGGCUCGCCCCUGCCCCUGGGCGAGCUAGCCGACCAAAGCCAGGAAGAGGAGGAUGUUUUCGGGUCGCCCGUGGGCGAGCGAGCCGACCGCAGCGAGGACGAGGAUGACGUUUUCGGGUCGUCCCUGGGCGAGCGAGCCGACUGCAGCGAGGACGAGGAUGACGUUUUCGGGUCGCCCCUGGGAGAGCCAGCCGACGGCAGCCAGGAGAUGGAUGAGAUGCCUGCUGUUGGUCCGCAGAGUGCCGCGAACAUGAAGGCCGCGAGAAAGAAGGCCAACGAGCCCACAAAGCCGAUGAAGAAGAAGAAGGUGAAGAGAGCUUCUUUUCGGCGUGGCAAGAAAGGGCUGCGCAAGAUGAAGCGCCGGUUGCCGCCCGGCAUGAUGUUCAAUGGGUACGAUCUGCUGAAGCUUGAGGUUCCGAAGGAUGCUUGGCCCCAAGGGGUGUGCAAAGGCCUUCACAGUUAUACUGUGAAGGCCCCCAACGACACAGCGAUCGAGGUUUUGUGCCGCAACAAAGCCUUUUUUUGCAAGCGAGUGCAUCCGAGCCUUGCCGCGGACCCCGAUCAUCGAAAGGGACAGGUCGGCUGGAAAACCGUGGGCAGUGUGGCUGCUGCAUGGAGAGUGGCGAAAGACCGAGUUGGGUGUGGCCCAGAGGAUAUUCCGAUGUGGAUGUGUAUGACUUUAUGGAAGGACAUUCCGAUGUGGAUGUAUGACUUUGUGGAAGAAUACGAAGAAGCUGCGAGUGCAGCGACCGUUGCCGAAAAGCCGGUCAUUUUUAGACUUGUGGCAUUGGUGACACAGAUCGAGAGCCUGCCCUGGGAUACUGCGGUGCAGCACUUCGAAACGUUUGCUGGCCAGAAAGCUGCUGGGAGAUUUGCGAUCUCGCACGACAUAAGCUACAACGAGCGCACGAUGAAUAUCCUGGGCUCCCUGGGAUUCUGCAAUGCAGUGUUUGAAUGCAUGUCCCAAUCCAAAACACAGCGGCGUUCCGGUGAUGUCACGGGAGACGAGACUGUGCAGUCUGUGACAGAUGACCGAAAGAUCCUGGAGAAGCUCCCGAAGUUCAAGCCAGCCGAGUCCGAUCUGCCAACGGAUGCAGACAAGCAGGGAUGGGAAAUGACGGUGCGCCGUGUCGACGAGAGUGGGUUCGGUGCUUCGCUAUCAUGCUUGCGGACUGAGUAUGACAAAGAGAUCAAGCAGCAUGCUUGGCAAGAGCUCUCCGAGGCUUUGAGGCAGCGUUUGCGGCUGCCUGGUGAUUGCAAGAUUUCCAAGAAAUGGGCGAAACAAGCUUGUUUCAAGAAGGUCUUUGAUUUCCUUCGAAAGCAGCAAUACCAUGCCAGCCGACGGGACGAGUCGGGUGACACACCGGAUCCCUUCGAAAAGGACGUGGCUCGGCACGAGAAACUGAUGAAGAUGAUAGAAGAACGGGCCAAGAAAGAGAAGAAAGAAAGCAAAGGCAACAAGGAGAGCAAAGACAAGAAGGAAAGCAAAGACAAGAAGGAAGCCAAGGACCAGCAGGCCACCAAGGCAAAAGCCAGCAAGCAGGAGCAAAAGAAAGCCAAAGAUGAUGAAAACCAAGCCCCCAACAGCAACGAGGCGAAGCGAAGGGAAGAGAAGAAGAAAGAAAGCAAAGAGAAGAAGGAAAGCAAAGACCAGAAGAAGGACGACAAGAAGGAAAGCACAGAGCAGAACAGCAGCAAAGACGAGAAGGCAAGCAAAGACCAGAAGAAGGACAACAAAGACAAGAAGGAAAGCAGAGACAAGAAGGAAGCCAAAGACAAGAAGGAAAGCAAAGGCCAGAAGAAGGACAGCAAAGACAAGAAGGAAAGCAGAGACAAGAAGGAAGCCAAGGACCAGCAGGAGGGCCCAAAGCACAAAAGGCAGAAGAAGUCCCGGCCGGUCGAGUCAGAGGAUGAAGAGUCACAGAAUGCCUUUGAUGAGCUCGCCAUGCACGAGGCAAACCUGGCAGCUGCCGAGCUUGCUGCCGCAGAAACCGAGGACCCUGGUGAGGAGUCAGACAUGACGGAGGCAGAGAUCGAUGAUGCUGAAAGCCGGGAGUGCAGCGAGGAAGAGGCAGAGCAAGAAGAAGAUGAGGAGCAGGCCCCUCGCACACCCGGAGCCGGUGCUUUGGAGAGCGACGAGGAGCUGCCCCUGUCGCAAGAGUGCCGACUGGACGAGGAUGAGAUGCAAUCGUCCAGUUCGGAUUCUUCGGAAUCCGAGGAGAAUGUGGACGGCGAGCCCCUGGAGGCAGAAGAGGAGGCUGCCGACAAGGCUUCCUUGAGUAGUGCGGUUCAGGAGGGCGAGGCACUUGUGCGCAACAGUGCGACGCACAGGAAGGAAUGGGCCGUGUUUGACCGUGCGAUCAAGAACCGCCAGAAGUUCCCCGUGGCUCUCAGCAACUAUGCGAAUAAAUCCAAGACGGAUUUGUUUGGUGCCUGGCUCGAUUGCAACGGCAAUUGGGAGGAGGUGAAGCUGACUAUGGAGCGCAAACACGAGAAGACGAACCUCAACCGGCAAGAUGUGGUUGCCAUCCAGGGCAAAGAGCUGAAGAAGAAGUACGAGACGGACAUGUACAAGCAAGUGAUCGCAGCAAGAAAGGCCGAGGGACGAUGGUACAAAGACAAAGACUUCCCGAGCAAUGAGGAUGAAGCGUGGUACUACAUGCCACAGGGCCACUUGCUGCGGAGUGACAAUGCCACAAAGGAGUCCCAGAACCUGUCUGUGGAUCAAAGCAUGGAUGAGGAUUUGGGAAAAAUUCUUGAGGAGAAUAACCUGCUUCAGGCAGGCUGCAUGCCUGCUGUGCAUGCAGAAACUGAGGCUGGGGAGAAGGCCCUGCUUUCCCUCUUCGAGGAACCAGGUGCGGUUCAGAAGCGAACUGCGAAGCCCCGGAAGCAGGAGGCUGCAGAGACAGGUGCCGAGGAGAUGAAGCCCAAGACCCUGCAGGAGCAAGUGACAGAAAGGAAGCCGGAGAUCCUCAGAGAUUCCACGGAGGCACGCAAAACCGCCAUCACCCUCACCAACCUGAACUAUGGUGGUGACCUAUCGGACCAGCUGCUGAAGUUUUCGAAGCAGAUGGAGCUGGCCUACAAGAACCUCGCUGCGCUGCAAAAGAAGGAGGGUGUUGAAACCGACAUGAAGAAGAUUCUCCGAUGGGUUGAGAAGAAAAACCCAUGGUUCAAGCAAGCCCAGGCGGCAGCAGACGGCCUGAUGAAGGGCCUGAAAGCCAAGAAGAAGGCAGGAGCAAAGGCUAAGCCAGCAGCGAAAAGUGCUGCCCCGAAGAGUUCCGCGAAAGCGGCGUGGCUGGUGAUGACUUGCAAGCGAGGCCGUCAUCUUUUCGUCGGAGAGAAGAUUAUUCCUCUCUGCCACGUUCUCACGCAGCAGAAGAGUUUGGCAGCUGCAAUGGUUCGCGAUGGUAUACCUCAAGAGGCCGUUGCUGCUUUUGCAAGUUUGGGCUCCUUCGGAGCUCACGCUUCGAAUGCUGAGCGAGACCUGCAUAGGUGGCUACGAGGCAUCUAUGGAGUUUCUUUGGAGCCAUACGUGAUAGAGUUGAUGCUUGAAAGCGACAACAUUGAUGAGAACGACAAAACUGUGACAGUGUCCACACAGAUACCUGUGCUCCUACCACACGAGAUCUUCUCUGAGCUUCAUUCUUCAAGCGAGUAUCAGGUUCUCAUGGGACAAAAGACACAGAGUGACACAGGAACACCUGCUGCCAUCAAAGAGUUUUGGAAUCAUUUGCAGCGAUUUUCGCCGGCAGAGGUGAAUGAUCAUCCGGCGCUCGAGAGCGCCGAUCUUGGCAAGAUGGUACCAUUGCUGGUUCACUUUGACGGUGCAGAGAUGUACAACAAUGCUGAAUAUAACGUUUGGUCGUUUUCGAGUGCUAUGUCAUCUUUGCUGGAUGUGGAUUGCCUGCAAACUCAAUUUGCGUGCUGCAUGAUUCCUCACAGAGCAAUGGAAGAGAAGCAGGUGAAGGAGUACGUUCACAAAGAAAUCGCGAGGCUGAUGAGCUGGUCGUUCGAAUGCCUUCAAAGAGGAAAGUUUCCUGAGACUGGAUUCAAUGGGGAAGAGUUUCCUUCUGCGUCGUGCCGUGCGAAAAGAAGUGGCACGGCAUUGGCUGGUGAGUGGAAGAUUCUUGGUUGCAGCUACACGGCGAGACGGGAAUGUCACUAUUUCAGUCGCCACUAUAAUUGCAAUCUGCUUUGCGACCGCUGCCUAGCAAUGAAGCCUGGGAAAAACUGUGUGGACGGCAUGAACUACAAAAACUUUUCCUCAGCUGCUCCGUUUCUUCUGACGACUGUUGAUCACAACCUGUACCUGAACUCGACUCCUGCAACCCGACUUUCGCCUUGGACGGCUAUGCCGGGAUGGAAGAUUGAAAAAACUUUCUUUGACUGGAUGCACGUUGUAUUGUUGGGGGUUGGCAGAGAUGUGGUUGCUGCUGCUAUCAAGCUCCUGGCAAUGCUGGGAGAGAUUUCCCGUGAAACCUUGCGUGCAGAUUUGAAAGCCCUGACAACCUGGAUCAAAAAGGAACGGAAGAACGAGACUGGGGCGUCCUGCUCUUUGCCUUCUUUCACCCCUGCGAACACUGGCUUGGAUCCCUGGAAUGAAUAUCCGGAAGUGGGCAGCAUCUACAAAGCAGCACAUGUGAAGAUUCUGGUGUGGGGCAUGGCGAGAAAGCUGAAGAAUGUCUUGGUGCAACGAAAG